AUGACUGCUCUGAUGGUUAUUGGAAAUGAGGUGUUGUUUACGUUGAAGUGUCUUAAAGAACACAAAUAGCCUUUAGAUGUACUUAUUUAUGUUGACAUUAAAUAUAAGCUGUGUUUGGAAUCAAAAGUUGUGUGUUAAGAAGAAUGAAUAAUAAUAAUAAAUAAAAAAUUAUAAGGAAACUGGUGAUCGUUUAUUUAAAGCGUUCCUAACCUCUAGUGGAAGGAAAUCAGACGAAGACAACUUAAAUGGAUAUGGAUUCUCGGCGAAGCACAGCUGCACAGUCUUUUAUUGAGGAUGAUAACAAUAAGAUUGUUGAAUGGUUAAAUCAAGCAUCUCUGGCAACAGACAACACUAAAACUGACCAUCUUCGUCGAGUUCAAGAAAUCAUCAUCAACAAGGAUGCAAGUUUGUUGGAUAACUUCUUAGAUGAAGUUUUAGGUUUUCAAAAUGAUCGCAGUGCGGAUGUACGGAAAUUCAUUGUAGGCUUUAUUGAAGAAGCAUUUAAGAAAGAUCCUGAUGUGUUACCAAAAGUUGUGGCAAAUCUGUCUAUGCUAUUACAGGAUUCUUCAGUCCAAGUCCAGAAACGAGUCAUUCAGGCAGCAAGCCAGGUCUAUCGUGGGGCACUGGCUUGGCUUGCUAAAGCUCGAGCCGUCUCAGAGGAAAUGGAAGCAGCAUGGGCUAUGAUGGGAAGCAUCAAAGCACAGAUUGUAAAUAUGAUUGACAGUGAUAAUGAUGGUAUUAGAACCCACUCUGUGAAGUUCCUGGAAUGUGUAGUGCUAUUGCAGACCUAUCCUGAAGCAGACAGUAUGAAAAGGGACAAUGACUUCUCUUUGGAAGAUGUUCCUCUAACAUUGAAGAUUGCUCGGAGACGGAAACUGGAAGAAGAAGCUAAGAUGGUGUUUAACCUUUUGGUCAAGUUUCAUGGUUCACCGCAUGUCAGCAGUGUUAACUUGAUGACUUGCAUGGGUUCUCUUACUCUUAUUGCAAAGAUGCGGCCACAGUUCAUGGGGAAGGUAAUAGCUGCUCUGGAGACACUGCACACAAACCUUCCACCAACAUUGUCCAAAUCUCAAGUUAGUUCUGUGAGGAAGCACUUGAAGAUGCAAUUGCUGAAUCUACUGAAACAUCCAUCAUCAGUGGAUUACCACAAUAAUAUCACCACAUUACUUACUGACUUAGGCGCUACAUAUCAAGAGGUGCUCAAGUCUUAUCCAAAGAUUGAUGAACUUCGGAAGCGUCAAAAGCGCAUGGCAGAGACCUUGUCAUCGUCCCAGACUUCUGUAAGUGCAAACAAAAAGCCACGGUUGGAUAUAGAAGAUGAUGAGGAGGAGGAAGAGGAAGAGGAGGAUGAUGGAAUCAGUAGUCACAGCAUGGAAAUUCAUCACAAGAAGCACACUGACUUGGCCAUUGAUGUUACAGAGCAAUUUAUAGUUGAGCGAUUGUCUCCAGAAUUGGCUGCUCAGAUUGUCAUGAUUUCUAUGGCAAAACUUCCUGAUUCUAUGCCACCACACUUCAGUGCCAUGUACACACCAAUUGCAGCAGCAGGUACCCAGGGUCAGAUCAAACACGUGGCUCGACUGAUUGCCACACAGCUUACUGCAAUUGGACUUGGGCCAGGAGCAAGACAGGCAAAGAAACUGCAAGUAAUUCCCAAAGUUGCGUCUGUUGUUGAUGACAAUUAUCAAAUGUCUAGCUCAGCCAAGAGUUCAAUAUCCACUGUUGUAAGUGGUUUGAUGGAAAAGGAGAAGGAGGGCCGCUCAAAGGCUGCAACACUAUUACCAUCUGGUGGCUCUCUCAAGGCUGUGAAACAGCGCAUUAAGACAUUGAAGCUUUCAGAGAUCACAAAACCUUUAGAAAAUGAGAUGAUGAUAAAAAUGAUGGCUGGUGCUGUGCAACGGAUAUUGAAAGCAGAGAGAGAUGCGGCAAUAGGUGGUGUGACAGCAGUGCGCACCAAAAUCAUCACCACCCUGGCUGCUACUUUCAAUAGGAAAGUUAGAGAUGUGGUGUUGAAUUUCCUGUUGGAAGAUGUGAGAACCCAUUUGGACUUAGGGUUUGCUUGGCUUUAUGAAGAAUACAGCUUUAUGCAAGGAUUCAAUAGAAUGCCACCAUUCCUCAAGCAAGAGCAAAGUCCUGAAUACAGCUACAACAGACUCUUAUGUGCAAUGGCAAGCAAUUUCAUUGAAAAGGCAGAAAUGAAAGACAGAGAUGUCCUUUUAGCUCGAUUGUACCUGGAAGCACCCUUGAUAACAGAAGAAGCAACAGAGCUCUUGAAGAACAUGUGUGCUGAUGAGACUCGGGCACCUGUUGGAUUACAUCUGUUGCAAGACUUGGUGAUCCGUCGACCACCCAAACAGCUCACAUUCCUCAAUGCUCUUCUUGUGCAUACUGCACAUGAAAAUCCAGAGGUACGUGGACGUGCCAUAAAGGCUGUGGCGGAACUGUAUGAUCGUGGGGACCUCAGGAGUAUCAUAGAAGAGUAUGCUAUAUUUUAUCUGGGUUUCCUUCGCCUGCUUCAACCACCAGAUGUCCUCUUUGGUGUAGACAGAGGACGUCCUAUCAAGGUUGAUGCUUGGAAUGAGGAUACUGUCAGAGUAUGUCUAUAUCUGUACCUAGCCCUGCUUCCUGUCAAUGAGAAGCUAAUUCAUGAAUUGGCAAGAGUGUAUGUGCAAACUGUGGCAGAUGUAAAACGAACAAUUCUGCGCCUGUUGGAACAGCCUGUUAGAGGGAUGGGAAUGGACUCACCUCAGCUGCUUAAGCUUGUUGAGGAGUGUCCAAAAGGUGCUGAAACACUCGUCACCAGGGUUAUUCAUAUACUGACUGAUAAAACUCCUCCAAGUGCUGAGCUGGUUGCACGAGUGCGAGAUUUAUACCAUACACGUGUGUCUGAUGUGCGGUUCUUGAUUCCUGUAUUAAAUGGGCUCACAAAGAAGGAAGUAAUAGCUGCAUUGCCAAAGCUCAUCAAGCUGAACCCUGUGGUUGUGAAAGAAGUCUUUAACAGGUUGCUGGGAACACAUUCAGAGGGCUUGAGCCACACAUCACCUCUUACUCCUGCAGAGCUUCUCAUUGCUUUGCACAAUAUUGAUCCUUCCAAGUGUGAGCUAAAAACUGUUAUCAAAGCUACAUCAUUGUGCUUUGCUGAGAAACAAGCAUACACACAGGAAAUUCUGGCUGUGGUGAUGCAACAUUUGAUGGAGCUGAACCCAUUGCCAACUUUACUGAUGCGCACAGUGAUACAGUCCCUCUCUCUCUACCCACGGCUCAUAGGUUUUGUCAUGAACAUCCUACAGAGGCUAAUAAUGAAACAGGUUUGGAAACAGAAGAAAGUAUGGGAGGGUUUCAUCAAGUGUUGUCAGCGAACAAAACCACAAAGUUUCCAGGUGUUACUACAGCUUCCACCUGCCCAACUCAGUGAUGUGCUAGUCAACUCACCAGAUCUGCAGCAACCACUCCUUUCCCAUGUCAUGGCUUUCACAGAGAAUCAGCGUGCUCACAUUCCUCAGUCGAUCAUGGAUGUCCUGCUAGGUAAUAGAAGGCCUCAUUUGGAAGAAUAUGAUGUCUAUAGUGAAGCUGUAAGUAUGGGUCUUACAGUCAGCAUUUACUAAUUCUACAUCAUUAGA